AUGGAUGUUUUUAUUGAUUUAUUAUUUACAUCUAAUCAUCUAUUUGAUGUAGAUCUACCUCCAUUAACUAAGAGGCAUGUAUUCGUGCAGCAACAGCAGCAGCAAGGAUCUGCUGCUGCUGCUGCUGCUGUUGCUGCUGGUGCUGGUAGUAGUGGUGGUGAUUUAUCUUCUUGUUGUUUAUUACCUCCUGUUAGAUUAUCUGCAUUAGAUGUAGAGACAGAAGGAGACAAAGGAGAUAGAGGAGGAGGAGGAGGAGGAGACAAGGGAGGAGGAGGAGACAAUAGUAAUAGUCUUACGGAUACACAAGUGCAUGCAUUAUUAUUAAGUAAGAAAUUAUUACAGCAGCAACAGCAGCAAUUGCAGCAACAUGUACAACAACAAAGAAAUAGACAAAUACAACAACAAAAAGAAAAAGAAGCACAAAAAUUUAUACAAUUAUUAACAGAAGAGACUGCACCUGAUGAAUAUAAGAAAGGAAGGGAUAGAGAUAGAGGAGACAGAGGAGAUAGAGGGGAUAGAGAUAGAGGAGGGGAGAGGGAUAGAGGAGGAGGGGAGAGGGAGAGGGAGAGGGAUAGAGGAGGAGGGGAGAGGGAGAGGGAUAGAGGAGGAGGGGAGAGGGAUAGAGGGGAUAGAGGAGAUAGAGGAGGAGAUAGGGAUAGAGGAGAUAGGGAUAGAUAUAGGGAUAGAGGAGAUAGAGGAGAUAGGGAUAGGGAUAGAGGAGAUAGAGGAGAUAGAGGAGAUAGAGGAGACAGAGGAGAUAGGGGAGAUAGAGGAGAGAGAGAGAGGGACAGAGGAGGAGACAGAGAUAGAGGAGAUAGAGGAGGAGACAGAGGAGAUAGGGAUUGGAUAAGAGAUAGAAGAGAUAGAAGGGAUACUCUUAUACAUCAUCAUAUAACUGAUAGAGGAGGAGACAGAGGAGACAGAGACAGAGAUAGAGGAGACAGAGAUAGAGGAGAUAGAGGAGGAGACAGAGAUAGAGGAGAUAGAGGAGAUAGAGGAGGAGACAGAGAUAGAGGAGACAGAGGAGACAGAGGAGACAGAGACAGAGAUAGAGGAGACAGAGGAGGAGACAGAGAUAGAGGAGGAGACAGAGGAGAUAGAGGAGAUAGAGAUAGGGAUAGAGGGGAUAGAGGAGAUAGGGGAGACAGAGGAGAUAGAGAUAGGGAUAGAGGAGACAGAGGAGAUAGAGGAGACAGAGGAGAUAGAGGAGACAGAGAGAGGGACAGAGGAGACAGAGGAGGAGACAGAGGAGGAGAUAGAGGAGGAGAUAGGUAUAGAGAGAAACCUCCAAUAAAAAGAGAUAGAGAUAGACAUUCAACAAGAGACACAAACAACACCAACACCAACACCAACAACAACAGCAGCAGCAGCAGCAGUAGCAGCAGCAGCAGCAGCAGCAGCAGCAGCAGCAGGAUAAAGAAGCAUAAGGAUGAAUUAUCUGUCCCUGAAUGGAAUUCUAUUAGACAUAAUCUUGGUCUUAAACCUCUACAAUAA